AUGGAAGACGACAGCAGAAUUAUUAAUGAUGAUGAAUCAUUAAUUUCUAAUGAUUGCUAAGUGAAUGAAACUUAUAUAAAAUAAUAUAAGAAAGUUAAAUUAAUUGGUGUUGGAGCAUAUGGUAAAGCAUAUUUGGUUACAUCCGAUGAUUAAGAUGAAACUAAAUAUGUUAUGAAAGUAGUACCUUAAUCCAUUUCAGCAAAUACAGAAGCAUAAAUAUUAUAAAAUCUUAAACAUGAUAACAUUAUCUAAUAUUUUGAAACCUUUAUUGAUAAUAAAGACAGAUUAUGUUUAAUUAUGGAAUAUGCAAAUAGUAUUAUAAUUCAUAAUUCAUCUAUUAGAUGGCACUCUUGGUCAGUAUUUAAAACAAAGAACACAACCUUUGCCUGAAGCAUAAAUAGUUGAUUGGUUUACACAAUUAUGUUUAGCUUUACAAUGUGUACAUUCUUAAAAGAUAAUUCAUAGAGAUAUCAAAUCUGAAAAUGUUUUUUUGCAUGAUGAUAAAAUUAAAUUAGGAGAUUUUGGAAUUGCUAGAUCAGUUGAAUAAGAUUUGGCUACUACAUUUAUAGGUACUCCCUAUUAUAUUUCACCUGAAAUAAUACAAAAUUAACCUUAUUCAUACAAAAGUGAUAUAUGGUCAUUGGGUGUUCUUCUUUAUGAAAUGUGCACAUUUAAAUAUCCAUUUACUGCUGAUUCAUUACCAGCACUAGCCAUUAAGAUAGUGAAAGCAAAAAUAUAACCAAUAAGUGCUUAGUAAUAUUCUCAAAACAUGAAAAAUUUAAUUCAACAAAUUUUAUAAUUAGAUGCAAAUAAGAGACCAACUCUAGAAUAAAUUUUAUGUAUAUAAUUUAAUCAUAAUUUAGAAAAUGGCUUAAUUCAAAAUAGAAUUAAAUCAUUAAAUAUUAAGUAACAAUAAAUCAUUAAAAUACCUGUUUAACCUAUUUAAAGUAAAAUUAUUUUUGAAAUUAGAGAAACAACAACACUAGGUAGUUAUAAAAAAAGAUGAAUAUAUACAAAACAAAAAAUUAUCAAGAGAAGAAUAAUAAAAAUUCAUGAGAGAAGAUAUCUAAAAGAAAGUAAAUUAUAUUUUCAAUAUAGAAAUGUCAACAAAAACCUUAAGAAGUAGUGAUAGAAUUAUUUGGUUAGCCUAAAAUAAAAUAAGAGUAAUAAUAAUAAUAAUAAAUCACUUAAAAUGAUAAAAAAUAAUCAAAAAGAAGAGAUAUUCCAGUCGAAAUUUAUUUACCUUCUAUGUCAAGAUCUGAGUUCUUGGAGUAAUAAUAAUUAUAAUAAUAAUAACAAUAAUAAUAAUAAGAAUAAUAAGAAUAAUAAUAACAAGAAUAAUAAUUAUAUUAACCUAAAAAAGAAAUUGAUAAUAAUAUUAAUUAAUUACUUUUAGAAAGAUAAAUUUCUGAAAAUCUAACAAAUCAAGAAGUUAAUAAUUCAAAUAAAGAAAAAUAAAUACCCAAAAAAUAAGAAAUUCUUAAAAAUUUAUCUUAGGAAACUUAGGCUGCAUAGAAACCUAUCAUAAAAUUAAGCUUUGAAAGAGCAGAAAAAAUAAGAAUGAACUUGGAAUAAGUCUUUGGAGCUGAUUAGUUCUUAAGAGUAUAUUAAGUUUUUAAGAAUUUAAGAGAAAAAAACACUUAAGAUUAAAUUUAUCAAUAAUAUGGACCUAGUUAUCAAAAUUUGAUUCUAGAUAUAAAUUAGCAGUGUAUGUAAGAAUAAUAAUCAAAUUUAUUUAUGUUACUGGAUUUUGAUUUGGAGCAAUGA